AUGAGUGAAUCAAUACCUAAGGAUUACCUAAUUACAAUUGCCGACGAUAUUUUGGAAGAAAAAGCUUCAUAUAGUGUAGAAAAAACUUUAAGUGACGAAGAAGCAACUUCAAGCGAUGAAGAAAGUGAUGAAGAAAUAACUUCAAGUAACAAGAAAAUAUCGCACGUCAAUUCUCCCCAAUAUCCGCACAAUGGAAAAAAAAUAGCACGUGUUGUUUUCUCCCCAAACAAGAAGUAUGUUGCAUCUGCGAGUUUGGAGGAUAAUUCGGUUUGCGUGUGGAAAAUCCCGAAAGAUGUGAAAACCAUGGAGGAUGUAAAAACCACGGAAGAAAAUUCUAAACAAGAAUUAAAGUUGAUUUGUUCAUUUAAAUUUAAAAGGAUUGAUUUGAAGAAACCAAUAAGGGUCUCGAAUUCCUUGGAUAUUCUUAUAGGAUAUCGUAAAGAAGAUAAUUUAUUUCUCGAAAUCAGAGAUAUCAUAAACGAGCAAAAGAAACUAUUAAUUGCACAAGGAAUCAAAGAUGAAGAAACCGAGGUAAAGGAAAUAUUAAAUGCACAAGAAAUCAAAGAUGAAGACACCCGGAGAUUUAAACUAUUUAAUGCACAAAAAUAUUUAAAUGGAAGAGUUGAUUGCAUUGAAUUUCUUGAAAAUGGAGAUCUGGCAGUUGUCGAGGGAGAUCCUGCUUAUCAGGAAAGAGUACUAAUUCUUUUAGAUAUACCUUUUGUGAUCAUGCAAUGGAAUUUAUUAACACGAGAGUUUGAAGCACAAUACGAAUUGGAUUGGAGGUUGACGUCUUGGAAAUCGAUUAGUAUGGAAUUAAACUAUAAUGCUGAAUGUUUAGCACCUCCACAAAAAACUACUCUCGAUCUUCUAUGCACUUCCAGUUAUAUCAUACGAUAUGGUGAUAGUAUAGAAACCAAGUGUUUAAAAUUGACCGAUAACAACAAUAAGGCAUGCAGCCUAUUUGGGGUAGAAAACAAAAUGGAUCAACACUCUAAUGUAAAUCAAAUAGAAGAAAUAAGAAUGAAUCUUCAUACAGCGUACCGACAUGCCAAAGAAAUUAGUAAAUAUAAAAAACCCAAAAUAUAUGAAGGCCAACAAUAUACCUGGAUUGUUGAGUGCAGGAGUGAAAAUUUCAUUGUCGAAUUAACAGUUUUGCAUACUGCGAAAGAAGCGGAAGAGAAAAAGUCGAAAAUCGGAAAUAUUCAAGGUUCAGAUACGGAUCCAACUAUUGGUCCAACUAUUGGUCCAACUAUGGGUCCAACUAUAGGCCCAACUAUGGGUCCGAGUAUUGUAUCUGUUGAUGAACUUGUCAACUAUCUUGAGAAAAUAGAAAAGGAUGAAUGUAGCGAAGCCUUACAGCAAAUUUUACCUAAUAUUAGAAAAAUUGUCAAUAAAGAAUGUGGACAAAAGUAA